UAAGUACUUAGAUGGACAUACUCGCUGGCUAUGGCUUAUUCAUGGAAUUUUGUAGGUGUGCUGUCUUGUGCGAAAUGUGCUGUUGUAUUUAAGGAGGCAGUUAUAUCCCCGUGCAGUUGCCUAGGCUCUUAUUCUGUUCUACUUGAGAUUCGAUAACCCCCCUUUACUACACGCACUUCGUAGCGUUUUCGUUCUAUCUUUCCUUUCGUGGUGUGGUUUGCAUCAAGAUCUAUACCAUGAGCGACUCUAGCGGCGAAGCUGGCCUCAAAUUUUACCAAUAUACGCCUUCUAUUGCAGCGGCUGUUAUCUUCAUCGUCUUAUUCACCAUAACGACUGCCUAUCAUCUCUACCAACUAGCCAGAAACAAAUCCUGGUAUUUCGUUGCAUUUGUUCUCGGUGGAAUCUUCCAGAUAAUAGGAUAUGCAGCCAGAGCAGCAGCGCAUUCAAACAUGGGAAACGUCCCUAUCUAUUCUGUUCAAGCAAUUCUUAUUUUGCUAGCUCCAGCACUCUAUGCCGCGUCUAUAUAUAUGGUCCUCGGUAGAAUUAUUCACUAUCUGCAUGCCGAACACUUCAGUCUGGUCCCAGUACAAUGGCUGACUGGUAUAUUUGUGACGGGUGAUGUCAUUGCAUUUGUGGCGCAGGCAGCAGGUGGUGCGACCAUGGCUAGUAGUAGCCUUAGUGCCAGAACUACGGGUGAACACAUCACGAUUGGCGGUCUCUGCGUGCAACUCGUCUUCUUCACAAUUUUCGUGCUUACCUCGGCGACCUUUCAUAGACGUAUCCGCUUGAAUCCAACACAACGAGCUCUGCAACUGGGAGGGAGCUCCAAUCAAGCGACGUUUCGCAGCUGGGAGUCCGCUCUUUGGGGACUGUAUAUUGCUAGCGCGCUGAUUCUGAUACGAUCGAUCUUCCGCCUUGUUGAGUAUGCGCAGGGAAAUGAUGGGUAUUUGAUUGGCCACGAGGCAUUCAUGUAUGUGUUUGAUGCGACAUUGAUGGUUUUUGCCAUGGUCACGAUGAAUGUUCUUCACCCAUCGGUAAUAUUGGCUGGUGAUUAUAAACAUCGUCAGGGUUCGAUGGAGAGUUUGAGAUCGGUACCACAGACGCAGUUGGAAAACAUGGGCUGA